CUGCAAGCCUGUUCCAUAGCAGCCCUUUUUGCAAAUGGUAGUCGGUUUUUGCAGAAGGUUUAUGGUCAGAUCGCUAUGUAUAAUACUGAUGAAGCAUUUUUGUUCCAGCUCUGUCUCGGAAGACCUAGGCUGUAGACGUGGGGAUUUCAGUAGGAAACAUUAUGGAUCUGUGGAGCUGCUUAUUUCCAGUGAUGCCGAUGGAGCCAUCCAAAGGGCUGGAAGAUUCAGAGUGGAAAAUGGCUCUUCAGAUGAGAAUGCAACUGCUCUGCCAGGUACUUGGCGAAGAACAGAUGUGCACUUAGAGAACCCAGAAUACCACACCAGAUGGUAUUUCAAGUAUUUUUUAGGACAAGUCCAUCAGAAUUACAUUGGAAAUGAUGCAGAGAAGAGCCCCUUCUUCUUGUCUGUGACCCUUUCUGACCAGAACAAUCAGCGUGUCCCUCAAUACCGUGCUAUUCUUUGGCGGAAAACAGGUACCCAGAAAAUAUGCCUUCCCUACAGUCCCACAAAAACUCUCUCUGUGAAGUCCAUCUUAAGUGCCAUGAAUCUGGACAAAUUUGAGAAAGGCCCCAGGGAAAUUUUUCAUCCUGAGAUACAAAAGGAUUUGCUGGUUCUUGAAGAACAAGAGGGCUGUGUGAAUUUCAAGUUUGGGGUUCUUUUUGCCAAAGAUGGACAGCUCACUGAUGAUGAAAUGUUCAGCAACGAAAUUGGAAGUGAAACUUUUCAAAAAUUUUUGAAUCUUCUGGGUGACACAAUCACUCUAAAGGGCUGGACAGGCUACCGCGGCGGUCUGGACACGAAAAAUGAUACCACAGGGAUACAUUCAGUUUAUACUGUGUACCAAGGGCAUGAGAUCAUGUUUCAUGUUUCUACCAUGUUGCCAUAUUCCAAAGAGAAUAAACAGCAGGUGGAAAGGAAGCGCCACAUUGGAAAUGAUAUCGUCACGAUUGUGUUCCAGGAAGGAGAGGAAUCAUCUCCUGCCUUUAAGCCUUCCAUGAUUCGCUCUCAUUUUACACAUAUUUUUGCCUUAGUGAGAUAUGAUCAACAAAGUGACAAUUACAGGUUGAAAAUAUUUUCAGAAGAAAGUGUACCACUCUUUGGCCCACCGCUGCCAUCUCCACCAGUGUUUACAGACCACCAGGAAUUCAGGGACUUUUUGCUAGUGAAAUUAAUUAAUGGUGAAAAAGCCACUUUGGAAACACCAACAUUUGCCCAGAAACGUCGACGUACUCUGGAUAUGUUGAUUCGCUCUUUGUACCAGGAUCUGAUGCCAGAUUUGCAUAAGAACAUGCUUAACAGACGAUCUUUUAGUGAUGUCUUACCAGAAUCUCCCAAGUCGGCACGGAAGAAAGAGGAGGCCCGCCAGGCAGAGUUUGUUAGAAUAGGACAGGCGCUAAAACUGAAAUCCAUUGUGAGAGGGGGCGCUCCAUCAAGCUUGGCGGCUUCCGGGGUCUGUAAAAAAGAGCCUUGGGAGCCCCAGUGUUUCUGCAGUAAUUUCCCUCAUGAAGCUGUGUGUGCAGAUCCCUGGGGCCAGGCCUUGCUGAUUUCCACUGAUGCUGGCGUCUUGCUAGUGGAUGAUGACCUUCCAUCAGUGCCAGUGUUUGACAAAACUCUGCCAGUGAAGCAGAUGCACGUGUUGGAGACUCUGGACCUGCUGAUUCUCAGAGCAGACAAAGGAAAAGAUGCCCGCCUCUUUGUCUUCAGGCUAAGCACUGUGCAAAAGGGCUUCGAGGGAAAACAGGUUGUGAAGAGCAAGUAUGACUGCAGAGAAAAUAAGCUUGAGAAAACAAAAGGUUGUCACUUGUAUGCCAUUAACACUCACCAUAGCAGAGAGCUGAGAAUUAUUGUUGCAAUCCGGAAUAAACUGCUUCUGAUCACAAGGAAACAUAAGCCAAGCGGAGUAAUCGGCAUCUCAUUAUUAUCUCCCCUAUCGGAGUCACCUGUUGAAGAAUUCCAGUACAUCAGGGAGAUAUGUCUAUCUGACCCUCCUGUGGUGAUGACCUUAGUGGAUGGGCCAACUGAAGAGAGCGACAAUCUCAUCUGUGUGGCUUAUCGACACCAAUUUGAUGUGGUCAAUGAGAGCACGGGGGAGGCCUUUAGACUGCACCACGUGGAGGCCAACAGGGUUAAUUUUGUUGCAGCUAUUGAUGUGUAUGAAGAUGGAGAAGCUGGUCUGCUAUUGUGUUACAACUACAAUUGCAUCUAUAAAAAGGUUUGCCCAUUUAAUGGUGGCUCUUUUUUGGUUCAACCCUCUGCAUCAGAUUUCCAGUUCUGUUGGAACCAGGCUCCUUAUGCCAUUGUCUGUGCUUUCCCGUACCUCCUGGCCUUCACCACCGACUCCAUGGAGAUCCGCCUGGUGGUGAAUGGGAACCUGGUCCACACAGCAGUUGUGCCUCAGCUUCAGCUUGUGGCCUCCAGAUCGGAUAUAUACUUCACAGCAACUGCGGCUGUAAAUGAGGUCUCAUCUGGAGGCAGCUCCAAGGGGGCCAGUGCCCACAAUUCUCCUCAGACACCCCCAGGCCGAGAUACUCCAGUAUUUCCUUCUUCCCUGGGGGAAGGUGAAAUUCAGUUCAAAAAUCUGUACAAGAUUCCACUCAGAAACCUUGUUGGCAGAAGCAUCGAGCGACCUCUGAAAUCUCCCUUAGUCUCCAAGGUCAUCACUCCACCCACUUCCAUCGGUGUUGGCAUCGCUGCCAUUCCUGUCACUCAUUCCUUGUCUCUGUCUCGUAUGGAGAUUAAGGAAAUAGCAAGCAGGACCCGCAGGGAACUGCUGGGCCUCUCGGAUGAAGGUGGACCCAGGUCCGAAGGAGCACCAAAGGCCAAAUCAAAACCCCGGAAACGGUUAGAAGAAAACCAAGGAGGUCCCAAGCCAGGGACAGUGAGAUCAACUAGCAGUGACAGGAUCACAUCGGGCUCCUUGGAAAGUCCUUCUACUUCCGAAGCCACUCCCGAGGGGCGUUACCACUCCACAAGCUCCGACCCAGACCCUGUGGCUGACAGAGAGGGCAGCCCCGUCUCAGGGAGCCUCUUUCAGCUCACAGCUUCCUCGGAUGAAGACAUUAUUGACUUGAAGUAAAGAGAGUGUGCAUCUUGUUUGCCAUCUGUAGUUUUCUUAUGGAGGUUUGUACUCUUUCAACAGCUCUAACAUCAUUUCUCAACGAAAUGCAGCUUUUAGCCUGUCAGUGAUAUAUUGGACCAAAUCUUCUGCAGACUCGGCCAGUUUGGGUCACUCUCCAAUGUCUGGUGCCAUCUUUCUUGACCUUCGUUUCUUUCAGUUCAGGAAUCAUCAGUCCCCUUGUAAUAAAGGUGGUAGAUUUCACUGAGGUUUUAGAUUGAAACUUUGAAUAAAUAAAAAAUGUUCAUUCUUAUUUACUGCAACCUUCUCUUAUAUUUUAUAUACUUACAUGGAAAAAUAUUUUUCAUUAGUUUUGAUUUGUGUCACAUAAUGUGUUCCUUUUAUAAGGAAAAGUCAUUACUUUUUAAAUUUAUGAUAAAUAACAGUUUUCUUUCUGUACCUUUGGCCCCUGUUGCUGUCUCAGCUCACUGUGAUUGGAACCAGCAGUGUUCCUGCCUAUCGACUCUUGAGAAAAGCUGAAUGGGUAGACCUUAGAAAUCCUUCCUUCUUCCUCCUACUGUCUCACAAAAAAUGAGAAGGACUAGGACAUUUUCAAGAGUUGUAAGAUUAUUUGGUUUGAUUUUAUUGCUAUUCUGAAAUCAUAACCAGGGAACAGUUACUCCUUGUGAUCAAAAUUAUUCUUCUCAAAUUCCCUCCUUUUGUUUGGGUCAGCCUUACUCUUUGACAUGAUCCAAAUGACUUCCCUUCCUCUUGUCAUUUUAUCUGCUCCCUUCUCAAAGUGAGAAGAAGAAAAAAAAAGAAAUGUGUAUGGGGCCAAGUACAAAUGAAAGAGUGAAACGUCAGCUCCUAGCCAGGGAGAUCAAAAGAGGGAAAACCUAGCCUCACUGACACUGCUUGCAAAAAUUUUCAUUUGUGUGAAGAAUUUUCCUUUGGCUUUAGUCUGUCUGAUCCCAUUUUACUCUCUCGUCUCACCAAUAUUACACCUCAAAAGAAACUUUAAAUCAUGUAUCCUCUGUUAAAGCAGCUCUGAAGAGUUCUUCUGUAGGACUUCAUUGUAAGUGUGGAGAACGGUGUUUGACAGAACCUUGAUCUAAUUAAUAUAUUUUAUAGAAGUUUAGAUCCCACCCACUUGUGGGUCUUGCACACUGUGGGGAGAGUUCUUGGUUCCUGUUUUUGGCAGAAAGAAGAAGGCAAGAGCAGUAAAGAUAAUGCUUUUUAGAUAUACUGAGAUGGAGCUGUUUAUAACCAAAUACAUUUUCUCAUAAUCUUUGCGGCAUUCAGCAUUUCCAUUUCUUCUGUGUGUUUUGUUAUGCCCUUUUAUACAUAGGGGAAACACACAAAAUCAACUACAUACAGUUCUCAGCUCCACCAACAGUUUCAUGAAUU